AGCUUGUGUAAAACAGGGCCGAGGAAGGGUCUUGUCCGAGCCCUCUUCUUCUUGCAUUUCUUCACCCCACCAGGUCUUGAUCUUCUUUCUCUAUUACUACUCCGUGCCAAACUGCCGUUGACCCUAUCGUUGCACGAUUGUUCAUCUUGCAUGGCAGAAAGCCACGCGAACAUAUCCUACAUUACACUUGUCCCUUUGCUUUUCCCCCUGUGACCAGUUCUGCUCCUUCGGUGGCCUACUCAACCCGCAGUUCCUGUACGGUCUUGGAGCUGGUUCUCGGAACGUUCUCUUCACCAUGCGCCCCUCUUCACUGCUGGUCACGGCCGUAACGGCCGGCGCCUCGAGUUUGACGCCCCCCGUCCUUCCUUUAAUCGUCCGCAACCCGUACCUCAGCACCUGGCUGGGUAAUGCUCGCGAUGCGCCGUGGGAACACUGGCCCUACUUCUGGACGGGCUCCAGCGUUGGCUUUUCCGUCAUGGCCUCUGUACCGGACUCCAAUACUGUAUAUCCUCUGCUCGGACGACCUCAGGACUCCUUGCCCCCGUCUUCCAAGCACUACAAUCUGUCAUUCCCAACAUAUCUGGGCGCCGUUUUUGACGCUUCGACGACGAACCUAUCCUACUCAAUCCCCCCGCCUUCGGGAUUCUUUGGGCCUGUCAAAGUUGUACUCUCAUUUCUCUCGCCAAUUACGCCCACGUCUACCUUCCGCCAGUCGAUUCCUGCUGCGUAUCUGACUGUUUACGUCGAGGGCUCCUUCGACAUCAACAUAUAUACUGACGUGAAUGGUGAAUGGGUCAGUGGCAACCGAGGCAAUGGUAUAAUCUGGGAGCUUAGCAGGAUAGAAGCCUCGCAGGGACACGAGGCCGCUCUUAAGACUUGGAAGGUCAGCAGGCAAUCACAGCAGCUGCUGACCGAAUUUGCAGACCAUGCGGAAUGGGGUACACUUCACUUCACCGGGCCGGCCGACAUUUCUCAUCAAGCUGGCACAUCUGCCAUCUUACGCCAGAAUUUUGCGGCAAAGGGCUCGCUGAAGAACGAGGUCGAUCGUUCUUUCAGGGGGAUCAUGGACGAGGAGCCAGUCUUUGCCUUCUCCAAGGCUUUUCACCUGAGCAACAAGACCGGUCCUGAGGCAACAUCGGAAGACAGUGUUCUCUUCACCUUCGCUCUUAUUCAGGAUCCUGUUGUUCAGUUUGCGGCCGCCAGAGGACUGACGCAGAUGCGCCCCCUAUGGUCUUUCUACUGUGCCACGCCCAUUGAGCUUGUACAGUACCACUACGAUGACUUCUCCGUGGCCAGCUUACUGGCCAGGAAUUAUUCGGACCAACUGGGUGUUGACGCGUUUGCCUCCGGCUCGCAAGAUUAUCAGGACAUUGCUGCGCUCUCCGCUCGGCAGGUGCUGGGCGCAACCCAGUUCUCGGGUACUCCUGACAAUCCUAUCCUGUUUCUCAAGGAAAUCUCCUCCAAUGGAAACUUCCAGACGGUUGAUGUGAUCUUUCCCGCCUUUCCGUUCUUUUUGUACACGAACCCCCGCUGGCUCGCGUACUUGUUAGAGCCCUUGCUCGAGCACCAGCUCAGCGGACAAUAUCCCAACGACUAUAGCAUGCAUGAUCUAGGCGCCCAUUUCCCGAAUGCUACUGGUCAUCCCGAUGGCAGAGACGAGUAUAUGCCCGUGGAAGAGUGCGGUAACAUGCUCAUUAUGGGCCUGGCGCUUGUAAAUGCUUUCAAGUACGACACCCAGCCGGCAUUCCUUCAGUCUGUUGAGGGUCAUGCGCGUGCGUACGGUCAUUUCGAAACAGAGACUAGCAGUGUCCAGCCGUGGCCUCUUUCCAUGGACUCAUACGGUAUGGACCGCUCCUCGGCCGAAGUUACGAUGAGAGGCUCCAAGGAGGCCGAGAAGUGGGUAUCACGAUCCUACGAACUCUGGACUAAGUGGACAGGAUAUUUGGUUCGCGAAUCGCUCAUCCCGGCGAACCAGCUCUGCACAGAUGAUUUCGCCGGGUGGCUCGCGAACCAGACGAACUUGGCUCUCAAGGGCAUCAUCGGUGUUAAGGCUAUGGCUGAGAUUGCCAAUGUCCUGGGCAAGACGGACGAUUUCAAGUACUACACGGACAUUGCGAGCGAAUAUAUUGACAAGUGGCAAGACUUCGGUAUCUCUAGGGACGGUACCCACGCCAAGUUAGCUUACACGUGGUAUGGGUCCUGGACUACCAUCUACAACCUUUACGCAGACUCGCUGCUCUGCUUCCAUCUGCCAGAGAAGGAAACGUCUACACUCAGUGGACGGGUCAUAGGAUGGUUCCAGAAGUCCAUGGGCAUCGAGGCCCGAUCAACAUUCGUCCCGGACAAGGUGUAUAGCAUGCAGAGCAAUUGGUAUCAUGCGGUGCUGCAGCACUAUGGACUCCCGCUCGAUAGCCGUCACCUGUACACGAAAAGUGAUUGGCAGUUCUUUGCUGCGGCCGUUACCAGCAAGAAGACCCGGAUGGAGAUUCUUCAAAGCAUUGCGAUCUGGGUUAAUGAGACGACGACUGACCGGCCCUUCACAGAUCUCUACGAGACAGAAGGGACUGGCGGAUGGCCUGGCCCUCACUUUAUGGCCAGGCCUGUAGUCGGAGGCCACUUUGCCUUCCUGGCGCUGGAGAGGGCUUGCGGCGGUAAGGCGGUCGAGGGCCUCAGCUUUUUGGACGAGCCGGGAUCGUUUGCAGAUGUGGAUGUUCGCAAGGCCCUCGAGGAUGAGCUUUUUGUCGCGAGUUCUCCGGAGUCGAUGCAACCGAUAAUGGAUGACCUAUAGGGGAUUAUAGUUCCAGUUUGGACAUGGCAAGGUCAACUGCCCUUUGACUAGGAAUCUGCGGCUGCUGUGGCAUGCGAGCCCAGUCCGGUGGUGAAAACAAGGCACUAAUAUACAAGCAGUUUUGGUUCCGUAAAAACUGACAGGCCGAGCUUUGAUUGGCCGCACCUUACGUGGCAGUUCGGCUGGCAUUUAGGCUGGUAUGGUUAAAGCGUGGCUCUAAUAUACUUAGGUGGUCUGUAAGCUGUCGAUUGAAACAGCUUUGUUGGUCGUCGUUUGCAAGCGUGUUCUGAUGAAACACUUCGAGUCCGACCGAAGAAUAUAAUUGCUGGUAUGCAUCUCAGUUCGAGAUCUGUCAGAUGGUGGUCUGUGCAGAUAUCAAUCGCUGUGGGGAGUCGCGAGCCAUCGUUCUGGACUCACUUUAUGUGUACGCUAAAGAUCGAAAUGUUGUCAAAUCAGCAGGGGAUGCCUCGAAUGAAUGUGAC